AUGGCGAUCCAUAACGACUAUCCCGGUUUGACAGUACAGAUCAUAUGUGGUGGCAAGCCUAUUGAGGAACACGUGUAUGAAGAAGACGAGGAGCGGGAGGAGCCUAAGACUACGACACGAUACAUAGAGAGCCAGUCAAACGCGGAGUUCGCGAUCAAGACCACCUUCAGGCCACCCCUUGCGCCGCUGGACCUAGAUGUGGUCGUCUAUCUAGAUGGGAUCAAAGUGGGCGGACUGAUAGUACAAAAGCACCGGAUGCUGAAUGAAACUUACGUUCAGUCAGCGACCGAGUGGAAAGAAGGCCAGAAAUGGCGGGCGUCUAAAUUUUUCUUCUCAGACCUCAACGUGGUACAAGAAGAUAGUGAGACAUUAGCGGAAAAAAAUCUGGAUGCACUGAGUCAAGUGGGCACAAUCUCUGUUGUGAUUACCCCAAUUCUGAGCAUGCUGAGAGAACGAAGACCAAAAGGCCGGAAGCGGGAACUGAAAGAGUUUGGAAUGAUCUCCGAAGAAACUGUUAAAGAUGAUAUUGAGACUCACGUCGCAGCAGCCGCACUCAAAUCUCUCGGUAUAAUACCUCGCUCACCAAGCCCUUCUCGAGACACACAACCGAAGUUGGUCAAACAGGAUAAUGCACUGGAACCAUCGCCAGAGUUCUGCCCGGGUAAUGCGUUACCAACUGUCAAUCUCCAGGCAGAAACUGCUAGUGUCAUGCCAGUUUUACUCCAACAAAACUCCCUCAACAAUCAAAGCGCGCAGUCCAGUCUUACGAAGAAAGACAUAAUAAUCUUGAUCAAGCAUUAUCGCGGCAGUAGUGAUGGUCUAGAGGGCCUCUCAGAGAAGGAUCUCGCCAUCUUGCUCAGCUCCUACCGGGGCGAUAAGCCAGAUGACACACCCAUAAAGCAAGAACCUGUCUUCUCAAAAAGAAGAGUAGGCAUCAAGCGUGAGUCGGUUGAGGACAGCGUUGCGCGCGGGCAAGGAAAGAAGCGCAAGAUGGAAAUCAUAGUUUUGGAUGACUGA